AUAACUUUUAUCCGGAUGUGCAUCCUUGUUCCAAAAGUGAGAAUUGUCGCUAACACCGCUAACUUAAAACCUGUGUGAGUUGUAUCAGCGUGCUUUACGGAGUUUAAACAGACUUUUACAAACAUGCAAGCUAUGUUAAAUUGUAUUUAAAUCGGGUUAUCCUCUAUUUUUGCCAGUCAAGGUGAUGUUUGAAUUGCGCAAACGUUAGCUUGCAGUGAAGGGACAUUCCUAAAUUCAAUUUUCCUAAAACGAUACUAUUGAUACAGGUAGAAAGAUCGAUAUGUCCGACAUUGAGUCGGAGCCGGCGGGGCUGGAAGGCCUGCCGCCGCUCUUCAGCAUUUCCAAGGGAGAAGUGGUCUCCGUGCAGACGUACGGAGCUUUUGUCCGCCUGCCAGGCUACAAGAAGGAAGGUCUGGUACACGUGAGUGAGAUGUCAUCCACGCGUGUCGAGAGCGCUGCAGAAGUAGUCGACGUGGGAGAGAAAGUGUGGAUUAAAGUCAUCGGGAGAGAGAAAAAUGGCGAGAAGAUCAAGCUGUCCUUCUCCAUGAAAGCCGUCAAUCAGGGCACAGGCCGAGACUUGGACCCCAACAACGUUAUGGCAGAGCAGGAUGCCCGGCGGCGGAGGCAGUUCCGAGACCACACGGGCAACAGGAUCACGCUUGAGGCCGUUCUCAACACUACCUGCACUAAAUGUGGCUGCAAAGGCCACUUCACAAAGGACUGCUACUCUGCACCCGGUUUGCAGUACGCUCUUGUACCAGAAGAGGGCGACGAAGAAACACAGCAGCAGCAACAGCAGCAGACAUCUGCAGCUGCACCUCAGAAAGAUAAAGACAAAAAGAAGAAGAAAAAGAAGGAGAAGAAGAAGAAGAGGAAGCGCGAGAGGAAAGCGUCGGACAGUGACGAGAGCAGCAGCGACAGCGGCGAGUGCAAACCCAAGAGGAGAUGUCACGAGCGUGACGACGACAACAAGCAAAAGAAGAAACACAAGAAACACAAGUCGCACAAGCACAGCUAAGAUGCACGCUCAUUUGCAAAAUGGCCGCCACAGCGGUGAGGACUCAUUUUCCCUUCAACUUUGGAUUUUUCUCAGAUUUUUCUCUUUUUCUCUUUGUUGAAGGAGUACUUCUGGUUUCAGUCACCGGAACUUCAACUUGGACUAAAGCCAAUAGCACCCAUUGCAUUUUCAUCCAAAGUUCUGGUAACUUUUGGUCCUGGUACCUUUAGAUCCAUGGACUCCAAGGUCUCCAGACCUAAGAUCUGUUUACGUUCUGCUUUUAGUUUUGAGUACUUUUAGUUCCCAAGGCUAACACUAAAAGUGCACAAUUGCCUGUUUUGAAUUCUAAUCUUAAUUUUUUUAUCACACUUUUUUUGUUAUUUUGCAGCUCCUUUUUGUUAUCUGGUGACAUGUAAGUGGAUAUGUGUAAGCAAUAUGGCACCCCCCCACGAGUAGAAAUCUUCAUCUAGUUUCACACGUCUCUAUUUUCUGAAAAACACACAUACACGCACACACACGCACACGGGAAGCAGGAAAGGUGCAAACAGGAAGUGUAGUGUGCCUGAUAGUGACACUUCCUCCGUGUUUUGACUCAGGGUUCUUUUGAAAUUCAACCAUUUGAAGGUUACUCUUGGGCAAUAGGACUAUUUAAAAAAAA